CUCCUACACCUUGAGAUUCAAGCCAGUGUUAGAUUAAAUCCGAGACUCGUUUGAAUCCCUCCGCUUUUUAGUCGGACCUAGGAGUGUUCGUUGUAAGCGACCACAACAGCAUCAGACAAAUGACAGCGUAUCUGCCUCCUUGCACCCUGGUUGUGGGCCGCGUUCAGUAAGCAAACGCUUUCUAACGAUGCGCAACAUUUUUUUAUGUUCAACGGCGCGCUGCCUUGCAAUGUUCCGAAACUUACAGUUCAUAGGGUUCAAAUUCUACCGGAUUCAAUUACAUUAAAUUAUAAUUGACAUGUGUCUCCUGAAUAGUCUUGCUCUAAAUAUUUUGUAACACCGCUUGGAAUUUUGUCAUAUUCAAAACGUUUACAUGGCCAUAAAUGAGUUUUGUCGCUCUCUAGCCGCAUGAUCAAUAAGUAAUUUAGACGAAUGCACGGAGCAUGCAGCCCUGAAACACUCUUAACAGUCACGUUCUUCUCGAGGCCUGGGAAGGUGUAAAUAUUUUAGAAGAAUGUCAUCUGAACAUCCCUGGAUGGUGGAACCUUUAAAGAUCUUAACUCUGCAUCUUUGAACAUUCAUCAUUUAAUUUUUUAUUUUGCCAGCAGUAUACAGAUUCUUAAAAAUGAGCCUAGCACAUUUUGGUGAGUUGAUUUGGGAAAGCUAUAGGCAAGACUCUAUUUUGCAGCCUUUGUGGGACUACCUGCGGCUCCAUCACUGCGACACUCUGAGGUCGCCCCUUUUCCCUGUAUUUCUCUCAGUGUCAUCCUAUUUCAUUUUUUGCCUACCCUACCUGCUCUGCGACAUUAUGGGAGACAGGUGGCCAGCUGUCUACCGGUACAAGAUUCAGCCAAGCAAGAUGCCUACCCACACGAUGUUCCUCCGCUGCGCCAGCAUUACCCUGCGCAACCACAUUCUGCUGGUGUUUCCGGCAGCUGUCGCCCAGUGGGCGUGGAGGCCUCCCAUUCCCCUGCCUGAGCAAGCGCCAACAUUACUGGAGCUUGUGGGCGGUGUGGCAGGAAACCUCCUGCUUUUCGACUUGCAGUAUUUCAUCUGGCACCUCCUGCAUCACAAGGUUCGCUGGCUUUAUGUCACCUUCCAUGCCAUCCACCAUGAAUACUCUGCUCCCUUCGCCUUGGCCACACAGUGCCUUGGGGGCUGGGAGCUGGUCACAGUAGGCUUCUGGACCACCCUGAACCCAGUGCUGAUGAGAUGCCACCUGCUCACCACUUGGGCCUUUAUGUUAGCCCAUGUCUAUGUUUCGGUGGAAGACCACUGUGGGUAUGACUUCCCAUGGUCCACUUCUCGCCUGAUUCCCUUUGGCAUCUAUGGAGGGCCAAGCAAGCAUGAUGUGCACCACCAGAAGCCUAAUACUAACUUUGCUCCCCAUUUUAGCCACUGGGAUAAACUGUUGGGCACACAUGCUGAUUUCAGUUUUGUUAAAUCUCAGGAAAAGAUAUAUUAAAUCUCAGUAAACUAAAUAAUAUGCAUUAUUAAAACUGUAAUUGUAGUCAAGUCAUGGGUUUAUAGCUUAUAGCAAGUGAUUUGUGCAAUACUUUCUUCAAGUAGAUAUAAUGAAAAGACUGUACAGUAACAAUGCAGAUUAUCUCUCUGAGCCUUUUAUUCUCAAAGUAGUAACCUUAAUAUUCUUAAAGAUAAUUAGAUUAUGUUCUGCAUAUUUUAAGAAUAUAAAUUCUGUUCUAAAGUAAAAGCUCUUUUUGUAAAGGAAAUUAAACAGGAAUAAGGAAUACUUUCACCUGAUAACAGUGAAAACUCAAACUCAGAGUAGUCUAGUUAAUAUCAAAAUGAAAAUAAAAGUACUAGUGAAUGCAUAUCCUUUAAUAGUUAUAAAGUGCAAUCCUUUUGUGAUGUUUCUAGUUUGUAUUAUCCUGUGUAUUAAAAUGUUGUAAAGGGUGUGGAAAAAUAACAUUGCAAAUCAUUAAUAAGUGGAAACUUAUGUGAAGCAAAGUAAUGCAGCAAUCACCCACCUUAUUUAUUUAUCUAUUUAUUUAUUUAU